AUGUCUUCCUACAGCGAGUCCUGCAGACCCUGUGGGGUGUCCUGCCCUCAGCCCAUUGCCGAGAGCUACAAUGAGCCGUGUGUGCAGCAGUGCCCUGACUCCAGAGCAGUGAUCUUGCCGCCACCAGUUGUGGUGACAAUCCCAGGCCCCAUCCUUAGCUCUUAUCCCCAGGAGAGCUUUGUGGGGUCAUCAGGCCCGGCAGGGUUGGGGAGUUCGUUCAGCUCCCGAAGCUCCCAAGACUAUGGGAGCUCCUUGGGCUAUGGGAGGUCACGGGGUUCCGUGGGCUCCUUUGGUUUGGGAGACUAUGGGAGUUCUGGGAGCUCUGUGGGCUUGAGGGGCUCCUCAGGCUAUGGAGGCUCCCUUGGCUAUGGGAGCUCUGGAGGCUAUGGGAGCUCUGGAGGCUAUGGGAGCUCCUUUGGUUUGGGAGGCUAUGGGAGUUCUCUGGGAGGCUAUGGGGGCUCCCUUGGCUAUGGGAGCUCCCUGGGACUGGGGGGCUACGGGGGCUCCCUUGGCUAUGGCCGUUCCCUAG